AUGGCCAACUUCCGAACGGUCCGACCUGAUGAGUACCCAAACCUCAGUCGACCAUUCUGCUUGAUGCAGUCGCAGUAUGAUGUCGUGGUUGUCGGGUCCGGAUACGGCGCCGGGGUUGCGGCCAGUCGAAUGGCUCGCGCGGGGAAGAGUGUGGCCGUUCUCGAACUGGGCUGGGAGAGACGCCCGGGCACUUUUCCAGAAUCGCUAUCUCAGACACUUAGAGAUUUCAACGUCUCGGGCCCUUCAGGUGGACUACUUUCCGGGAAACCUACUCGACUCUUUCAAUUGACAUUGGGUGAUGGACAGCAUGCCUUUCGCGCUCAUGCAUUAGGUGGAUGCUCGCUAGUCAAUGCAGGCGUCUUCCUAGAAGCAGACAAACAGACGCUCCAAAUGAGCCCUUGGCCAUCGGAGAUCAGACAGGACUCCUGCUCCCUUGAGAGAUACUAUUCCCGUGCUGCAGACAUGUUGCAGCCUUCCGUAUACCCAGACAACCAUCCUCGUCUAAGGAAGUUAGAUGCUCUCCAACAGCAGGCUGAGCAGUUUUCCAAGAACCACAGUUUCUACCGUGCACCGUUGACAACAUUCUUUGAUAGGAGUCGCAAUAGUGUCGGCGUGGAGAUGAACGAAAACUGUGGCUCCGGACACGAGUCCACUGGUCUUAACGAUGGAUCCAAAAACUCGGUCGCCACAACAUAUCUCGCGGAUGCCUGGAACUGGGGUGCGGAGAUCUUCUGUGGUUGUGAGGUCCGGUAUAUUGAAAAGGUUGCGGAUGGAAAAGGGUACAUUGUAUACUUUUUGUGGCACGGCAAUGGAAGGUCGGUCUUUGCGGAGGAGUUCAAAACCCAGUUGUUCUGGGUCAAAGCGAAUGAUCUUUGCUUCCUUGGGGCUGGUGCGUUGGGAACUACAGAAAUUCUACUUCGCUCGAAGCAAUACGGUCUUUCGAUGUCUCCAUUGGUGGGCAGAAAUGUCUCCGGAAAUGGAGAUAUGCUGAUUCUUGGGUACAACGGGAAAGAGGACAUCAAUGGCGUCGCAGGAACAAACCGCCCGGGUCCAACAAUUACUGGGGUUAUUGAUGGCCGAGAGCUCUCCUCACGGGAUGCCCUAGCCGGAUAUGUCAUCCAGGAUGGCUGUAUUCCAAAGCCAUUGGCUCCCUUAAUACCAUUCGUGGUCAUGAUGCAAAGGGCUCGAGACUCCGCUUCGCCAGCGGUUCCCACCCGCGCCUGGCGGUAUUUGAAGGCCAUAACGAAUUUGGCAUCCGGGCUUACAGGGGCUUCUGCUGCGCGCAAUGCAUUGCAGCGUACCUCGACCUAUUUGGUGAUGUCACAUGAUAGUAACGAGCUGACGCUGACUUUGGAGAGUGAUAUGCUAUUUCUGCGGGGGCCUGGGGAAGGACGCUCCGAGCAUUUUGGGAAGUUUCGAAAGGUACUUGGGUACGUGGUGAAUCUGGCAGGAGCGAAAAUGGGCUUUUCCUAUUACCACGGACGCGAUCAAGAAGAGAUCACCGUGCAUCCUCUUGGGGGUGCGAAUAUGAGUAGAGACGGGACGGGCCGUGAAGGCGUUACCAAUCAUCUGGGGCAAAUUUACACGGGCCAUGGGAGUGAAAUCUAUGACGGACUCGUUUGCUGCGAUGCUUCGAUUGUUCCAACUGCAUUAGGCGUGAACCCUUUGGCGACAAUAUCCGCACUUGCUGAGCGGUCUCUAGACCUACUAGCAAAGAAACACGGAUAUAAUAUUGACAUGACUACGACGAAUGGCGAUCUGGAUUCCUCAUCCGUGCCACGAGUAUUGAGACAAAAGCAGAACAUUAGUCCAGCCUUCGAGAAAUCCUUAGCAUCAGUUGGUUGGCAGUUUUCUGAGGUCCUUGAAGGGCACAUCGGCACACAGCCGAACGUGGACUUUGAAAUAUCCGAGCUCGUGGGUAAGAGCUCAUCUUCCGCGAUGCGGAUGUUCCUCACUAUCGAAGUUUGUCAAAGGACGGACUCGUCUGAACUCCAAUACACGGGGAUCUGCACUGGGACUGUGUCUUGUCGUGCACUAUCAAGGAGUACCUUGAGGGUCUUGGAUGGCCAGGUGCAGUUUUUCGUCCAGCCUCAGGACAGGGCAGACUUGACCACGAUGACAUACACACUGCGGCUACUCUCCUUAGAAGGCACCCAGUACGAUCUUACGGGAUGUAAGACAGUUGACUCUACAGCAGCAUUUUCGAUCAGGAAAAUGUGGGGAUCGACCACCAAAGUCAACGUCCGUAUCACCAGAGACGGUGGGGUGGAAGCCGCGGCUGGAGUCUUGCGCAUCUCACGGCCGUCAUUCCAACGGCAAAUCCGGACAUUCCGUCCCACGAGGCCCUUCAAUUUCCGUGCCCUUCCUGCACUUAUCAUAUUCUUGGCGUACUUCGCUAUUCAAUUAUGCCUAUUUUUCUUCCGACCGCUCGUUCCGACGCGAGCCCCUCGGCGCUCUCUCAAUGCUAUCAAACCUAAACGACCAGCCUCGGCCUCGUUCAACUUGAGAACGAAGGACGGGAUUGAGGUGCUCUUAGAAGAGUAUGAGCCUUCUUGUAUGGUUAACGGAGACUAUAUGAGGCAAGGUACAACUCCUCAGCCUGUUCUGUGCAUCCCUGGUGUCACUGGGAGGGCCAACCACAGCCUAUUUGCACUGCCCUUUCUUCGCUGCAACAUUGUCGAAUACUUCACCAAACGAGGAUUCCGUUGCUAUGUACUGUCGCCCCGUUGGGGCUGUGAACCCAAAAUAGCAGAAAAUUCCACCGUGUUCGAUGUCCGGUUAGAUAUUGCUGCUGCAGUGGAACAUAUCUCCAGCCUCGAGAAUCGCAAGCCCUAUGUGGUAGCCCACUGUCAAGGCUCUGUGGCGCUCUCGAUGGGCCUACUCGAUGGCACGAUUGAUGGCACCAAAAUCCUCGGCAUCACAUCAAGCGCGGUAUUCAUGCACCAGGUCUUUGCCUACUGGAAUUCGGUCAAGGCAAUGAGUCCUGUCUUAGUCUGGGCCUACGAGUUUCUCGCGGGGAAAUCCUUUCCAAUCGGUAAUCCCAAUAGAAAUGGUGUGAUCCAGAAGGUACUGGACGUCCUCAUCCGCUUCUACCCCGUGGCUCAUCGUCGAGAUCUCUGCACUUCGACCACGUGUCGUCGAACAACAUUUGCAUUCGGACUGUGCUGGAAUCACGACAACCUGGACGCCGCCAUACAUGACAACGUCGGCGAGUUCUUCGAGGGGACACACACCAAGCUUCUCGAGCAUAUCACCUACAUGGGAAGACAGGGGGGAUGUCUGGAUAACGAGCUGAAUCCCCUGAUCACGGAAAAGAACCUCAUGAACCUCAAAGGAUUGCCCAUGCUGUUCGUCUCUAGAACUGUGAGCGAGGUUUUCAAGCCCGAGUCGACCCUGCGCGACUACGAGAUGCUGCGUCGUCGGUUCGGCGAGCACCUCUACCGCCGAUUUCUCGUGGAGGGAUACGGGCAUUUAGACCCAAUUAUUGGAAAGAGAGCCGCGGAGGACGUUUAUUGGCGGGUGUUUGAACAUGCCAAGUGGUGCAUGGAGCAAAUGGAUGAUGUCGCGAAGAAUUGAUUCAUUGGGUAGGAAAGGUCCCCUUCACCGCAGAAUACCGAUGUCUAUGGUGCAGCUUCCCCCGGGUCACCGAAUCGGGCAUCGGAAACGACACGCAGAACAAGGACAACUCAGUCAUGUACCUCUCCGGACAAGAACGGCGGUGGAUCUUCCUCC